CCUUCAAAUAUGAACGGUUCUGUAAUUCAAUGUUGUUGUUGUUGUUGUUUUUUUAGCUGUUAGCCAUUUAGCUAACGUCGGCUAGUAGCUCAGCCCCUUUAUUUGAAUGGCAAAACUCCAGGAUUAUACAGUCUCUUAAUGCUAGGUGUUGUUUUGGAAUCGAGAAGCCUACAGCAAUAUCCUGUGUCCCUGUUCUACCAGUCCUUGACCCAGUGCGGUAGUAGAAUGUCUCGGGAACAGCUGGUGGUAGAGAGGGCAAGGAGGGCCUUCCAGACCGGUAUGUCGAAACCCCUGAAGUUCAGAGUUCACCAGCUUAAGAACCUGCACCGUUUCAUCACAGAGAGACGCAAGGACAUUGCAGACGCUGUUAAUAAGGACCUUAACAAGACUGAACACAGCACAGAGUUGUUUGAGACCCUGGGUCUGGAAGGGGAGAUUGACGUGGCUGUGGAGAGGCUAGCAGAAUGGGCUGCCCCUCGGCCUGUAGAGAAGAGCCUCCUCACCAUCUUAGACGAGGUAUACAUCCAGCCAGAGCCUCUGGGAGUGGUCCUCAUCAUCGGGGCCUGGAACUAUCCCUGGGCAGUGACCCUCCAGCCCCUGGUCGCGGCUAUUGCUGCAGGUAAUGCUGCUGUGGUUAAGCCGUCAGAGGUCAGCUCUCAUUCAGCCAAGGUCAUGGAGGAACUGCUCCCUCUCUACCUGGACAAGGAGCUGUACCCUGUAGUGUGUGGGGGUGUCUCAGAGACCCAGGAGUUGCUGCGUCAGCGUUUUGACCACAUCUUCUACACAGGGAACAGCACUGUGGGUAAACUGGUGAUGGAGGCCGCAGCCCGACACCUCACCCCUGUGACCCUGGAGCUGGGGGGGAAGAGCCCCUGUUACAUCGAUAAGGACGUCGACCUCAGAGUUGCGUGCCGGCGUAUCACCUGGGGGAAGUUUGUGAACUGUGGUCAGACAUGCAUCGCCCCAGACUACAUCCUGUGUGAACCCAGCAUCCAGGACAGAGUGGUGGAGGAGAUCAGGAAAUGCAUCACGGAGUUUUAUACGGACGACCCAAAGUCCUUCGAGGACUACGGACGCAUCAUUAACCAGCGCCACUUCCAGAGGGUGAUGUCACUGCUCGAGGGGAGUACUGUGGUCAUCGGAGGAGACAGCGACCAGUCACAAUGCUAUAUAGCCCCCACGGUGCUGAAGGACGUGACAGGGGGCUCCAAGGUGAUGCAAGAGGAGAUCUUUGGUCCCCUGCUCCCCAUUGUCACUGUUAGUGGAGUUGACGAGGCUAUACAGUUCAUCAAUGAGAGAGAGAAGCCUCUGGCCCUCUACGUGUUCUCACCUGACAACAAGUUGAUCAGGAGGGUGAUAGCAGAGACUUCUAGUGGGGCCCUAGUGGCCAAUGACUGUCUGGUCCACUUCACUGUCAGUGCUCUCCCCUUCGGAGGGGUGGGUAACAGUGGUAUGGGACGCUACCACAGCCAGCACGGCUUUGACCAGCUCAGCCACCUGCGUGCCUGUCUCAUUAAGAAGCUCAACCUGGAGGAUGCCAACGCCAUGCGUUACCCGCCCCACACGGCUAAGAAGCUGGGCUGGGCACGCUUCUUCCUCCUGAAGCGGGUCAACCUGCGCCGGCUCAGACGCAUGGCACUACUGGCCCUGUUCUCUGCCAUGGCUGCCUUCAUAGUACAGGUCAGAUAGACCAUAGUACAGGUCAGAUAGACCAUAGUACAGGUCAGAUAGAUAGACUAUAGUACAGGUCAGAUAGACUAUAGUACAGGUCAGAUAGACUAUAGUACAGGUCAGAUAGACUAUAGUACAGGUCAGAUAGACUAUAGUACAGGUCAGAUAGAUAGACUAUAGUACAGGUCAGAUAGACUAUAGUACAGGUCAGAUAGACUAUAGUACAGGUCAGAUAGACCAUAGUACAGGUCAGAUAGACUAUAGUACAGGUCAGAUAGACUAUAGUACAGGUCAGAUAGACUAUAGUACAGGUCAGAUAGACUAUAGUACAGGUCAGAUAGACUAUAGUACAGGUCAGAUAGAUAGACUAUAGUACAGGUCAGAUAGAUAGACCAUAGUACAGGUCAGAUAGACUAUAGUACAGGUCAGAUAGACUAUAGUACAGGUCAGAUAGAUAGACUAUAGUACAGGUCAGAUAGACUAUAGUACAGGUCAGAUAGACUAUAGUACAGGUCAGAUAGACUAUAGUACAGGUCAGAUAGACUAUAGUACAGGUCAGAUAGACUAUAGUACAGGUUAGAUAGAUAGACUAUAGUACAGGUCAGAUAGACUAUAGUACAGGUCAGAUAGAUAGACUAUAGUACAGGUCAGAUAGACUAUAGUACAGGUCAGAUAGACUAUAGUACAGGUCAGAUAGAUAGACUAUAGUACAGGUCAGAUAGACCAUAGUACAGGUCAGAUAGACUAUAGUACAGGUCAGAUAGAUAGACCAUAGUACAGGUUAGAUAGAUAGACUAUAGUACAGGUCAGAUAGACUAUAGUACAGGUCAGAUAGACUAUAGUACAGGUCAGAUAGACCAUAGUAUAGGUCAGAUAGACUAUAGUACAGGUCAGAUAGACCAUAGUACAGGUCAGAUAGAUAGACUAUAGUACAGGUCAGAUAGACUAUAGUACAGGUUAGAUAGACUAUAGUACAGGUCAGAUAGACCAUAGUACAGGUCAGAUAGAUAGACUAUAGUACAGGUCAGAUAUUUAAUUGAAAUAUUAUGUCAAACAAGAUGUGCAUUUUGUCCGGGGGGAUAACAACAUGAAUUAAAACACAUUUCCAAAAUGUUUUUCAAUGGUAAUUAGACCAUAUCCCCAAGGUGCCAUGUACAUGUGGUCAGGAAGCCUCCAAUCACAAGGUUUUAGUUGAUCAAAACAUCUCUAUGUGUUGGGAGAUGUAAAAUUGAGGAUGCAAGACACUGCAACACUUAACAAAUUAUUAAUUUAACUAGGCAAGUCAGUUAAGAACAGAUUCUUAUUUACAAUGACGGCCUACCGGGGAACAACUGCCUUGUUCAGGGGCAGAACGACAGAUUUUUACUUUGUCAGCUCUGGGAUUCGAUCCAGCAACCUCUCGGUUACUAGUCCAACGCUCUAAGCACUAGCCUACCUGCCGCCCCAAACUAUAAACUCAGAUUUCAAAAUAUAUAUCCUGGUAACUGUUGUUCCCAGGGGGGGUCAGACUGAGUUUGCUCAUAGGCCUUCCUGCUCUAGUUUUUAAUCAAUGGUUUAGAGAGCCAAUGGCACCCUAUUCCCUAUGUGUGGGGCGGCAGGGGUAGCCUAGUGGUUAGAGUGUUGGGCUAGUAACCGGAAGGUUGCAAGUUCAAAUCCCCGAGCUGACAAGGUAUCUGUCGUUCUGCCCCUGAACAGGCAGUUAACCCACUGUUCCUAGGCCGUCAUUGAAAAUAAGAAUUUGUUCUUAACUGACUUGCCUAGUUAAAUAAAGGUAAAA